CCAUGGCUUUGGUGAUGUUUUUACCGCUGUGCGGCAAGAUGUUGUGGUUUGCAAGUGAGUUGAUAGCUGGGCAGGGGGAGCGGACUGGGGGGGUUAGUGUGAUUGAUUCAUGGAUAGUUGGAUGGAUGCCUGGGCUGGGGAAGGGUCGCUGUACCAUCUUUUUCUCCUGGGCGCGACCAAUUAUCCCAUUUUACCUCGACGGUAUGCGUCGCUGUUGUUUGAGGCUGCUGUUUCUCCUCCGCGGAGGACUUCGUUCGCUUGCCGAAGAGUCGCGAGAACAUGAUGCUCGAACUACUAAGAAAUUAUUAUGGUAUGGUAUCUGCGCGGUGAAUUAGAGGUUAAAGUUUUAGUCUGCAAGGUCAAUCGCAUCCUAUUAUAUACGUUGCUGAUGCCUUCAGCUGCUUCCUUACCGCCUCGGUUUUCAGCUGGUUCGUCGGCGAGUCCGGAUUGGGGCAGCAGCGGGACGGAUCGGUACUACGGUGAACGCCCAUUGAACAGCCUCGCGUGCGCGGAGAGGGGGUGGCAAGGGUUCCAUCAUCCCUUUGAUAGCACUAAUCGUCACGCUAGCCCAUGGUGUUUGAUCUGGUGGUUCGUCCCUUCGCUGGUCAACUUGGUCAAGGGUCGCGCGUAAAACUUCUACUCGAGGCAGAUCUUGAUAUCUAUUUUAACGCACAUUUUACGCCAGCAAAAGGGAUUUUCUGUCAACUCAGUAGCAUUAUGAGACUGCGUAUGUACAACCUGAGGCGAUGAUCGUCGUCACAAGGUUUUGGUUAAGACGUUGGCGGCACACGCAACUAACCUCUGGACUUCACAUAUCUUG